GAGGGGCCUCCUUAGAGAGGCCGGGCCCCUCCGCUCGCGUCCGCCCGGCCGCUGUCCCCGCGCGGAGCCGGGGCGGGAAGGGCGCGUGUGCGGGGGUUUCAUCCCCUGGGCUCCCCUGUUCAGAAGCCUCCGAAGUAACCUCGGGACUUUUCUCCAGAAGGAGAAGAAUUUCCGCUGCUCGAGUCGCGUUGCUCAGGCCCCGCGCGCUCCGGUUCUCACGGACCUGGCGACCCCGUCGUGUUCCCGUCUUCUAAGGACCCUUUCUGCCUUCCUGAGUCAAAGAUAGAAGCAGAAAGGAUGGUGACUGAGUGUUUGACAAAUUAUUCUCAGGACUCAGUUACCUUCGCUGAUGUGGCUGUGAACUUCACCCGAGAGGAGUGGGCUUUACUGGACCGAGCUCAGAAAAAUCUAUACAGAGGUGUGAUGCUGGAGAACUACAAGAACCUGAUCACAGUAGAGUAUCAGUUGUUCAAACCCAACCUGAUUUCUUGGUUGGAACAGGAAGAAGAGUUGAGAAUAGUGGAGACAGGAGCCUUCCAAGAAUGGGAAACGCCACUUAAAACCAAAGACUCAGCAAUUUGCCAGGAUAUUUUUUGGGAAAAAGCAUCCAAUAGGAUAGAAAUGGAAAGCAUACACAAUGGGUGGGAACUCGGUGAUUCUGAGCAAUGUGGGAAAGUCUGCAGUGAACGUUCAGGCCUGAAGACACACAGGAGAGCUCAAAAUGGUGGGAAUACUCAUAAGGAUAAUCAGCAUGAAAAAUGCUUCAUUGCUCUGUCCAAGAAAACCUCUACUGAAGAGAAACUUGCAAUGUUUUAUCCGUGGGGAAAAGCCAUCAGCCCAACUCCAGAUGUGUACUGGAAAACUAGCAUGCAAGAGAAAGCCUUUGAAUGCAGUGUGGGUGGGAAAGCCUUUGUUAAUCAAUCGUGCUUUCAGGCGCAAAGAAGAACUCACAAUGGAGAAAAAUUCUAUGAAUGUAAGAAAUGUGGGAAAGCCUUCACUGAAUCCUCAGGCCUUGUUCGCCACAUAAAAACUCACAGUGGAGAGAAGCCUUUUGAGUGUAAUAUAUGUGAGAAAAGGUUUAUAAGUCCUUCCCACUUAAUCAUUCACAAGCGUACUCACACUGGAGAGAAACCUUACAAGUGCGAAGAAUGUGGGAAAGGCUUUAGUUGUUCUGUGCACCUUAACUGUCACAAGCGAACUCACACUGGGGAGAAACCCUAUGAAUGUAAGGAGUGUGGGAAACGCUUCAGUCAUUCCUCAGGCCUUAUUAGCCACAUAAAUACGCACACUGGAGAGAAGCCGUUUCAGUGUGACACAUGUGGGAGAGCCUUUGCUGCUUCGUCAAAUCUCAGUAACCAUUUGAGAACUCACAGGGGAUGGCAGCCUUUUGAGUGUAAUAUAUGUGAAAAGAGAUUUGCAAGUUCUUCAUAUUUAGUCAUUCACAAACGUACUCACACUGGAGAGAAACCCUAUAAAUGCACCGAGUGUGGGAAAGGCUUUAAUUGUCUUUUGGGCCUUAACAGUCAUAAGCGAACUCACAGUGGAGAGAAACCCUAUGAGUGUAAGGAAUGUGGGAAAGCCUUCAGUCGAUCCUCAAGCCUUAUUGUCCAUAUAAAUACUCACAAUGGAGAGAAGCCAUUUAAAUGUGACAAAUGUGAGAAAGCUUUUGCUACUUCCUCACAACUGACUAAUCAUUUUAGAACUCACACUGGAGAGAAGCCUUUUGUGUGUAAUAUAUGUGGGAAACGAUUUACCACUUCUUGGUACUUAAUCAUUCACAAGCGUACUCAUACUGGAGAGAAACCCUAUAAAUGUAAGGGAUGUGGGAAAGCCUACAGUCAUUCCUCAGGACUUAAUGACCAUAUAAAAACUCACAGUGGAGAGAAACCUUUUAAAUGUGACAUAUGUGGCAAAGCCUUUGCUACUUCCUCAAAAGUGACUAGACAUUUUAGAACUCACAGUGUUUAGAAGUCUGUUUAGUGUAAUGUAUGUGGGAAAACAUUGGCUAGUUCUUUGUACUUUGUCAUUUAUAAGGUGACAUUGGAAAGAAACCUUAUAAAUGAAAGGAAUGUGGGAAAACUGAAGGUUUUCCCACUCCCUUUCAGUGUAAUUAAAGAACUCACCUGGAGAGACAUCCUAUCAGUGUAAGGAAUGUGCUAAAGCCCUCAGUAGUCCCAGUUCACUUCAAAGACAUGAAAGGCCCACACUGCAGAGAUGCUGUCCAAAUGUAAGGACUGAGGGAAAACCAUCAGCAUCUACUCACAGCCUAGCAUGUAAGGCUUGACAGUGAAGCUAUACUAUUAAGAAACAUGGAGAGCCCUUCCCUGUUUCUUCAGUGAACUGUAUAUCUCGUAUAUAUAAGAGAUCUUGUGGUGGAGAGAAAUCCAACUAAUGUGAGAUACAGAGGAAAAUUGAACUGCUUAUGUUCACUUGUCAUCUCACUGUGGAGAAAAACUUUAUAGUUGUAAAAAAUGUUGUAGAGUCAUCAUUUUGCAUUGAAUUCUUUCUCGUCUGUAAUAAAGUUGGGGUGAUUCACAGUCAAGAAACUGAAUAUGGCAAGUGUGUGAAGUGCUAUCCUGUGUGUGAAUCUUAGGGUCUUCUGAGAUGCAUAGUGUUCUAGUUGGUUCUAUAGAUCUGUUUUAAUCCUUUAUGAGUAGGCCCUGAGCAUUUCUGUGCAUGUGUUUCUCUCCAGUGAUAGGGCAGUCUAGUUGCUACACCUUCCAUGUUGCAGCCUGGUUAAAAGUGGGUCCACAGAAUUCACACUUAAUCCUCUUCUAACCACCUGGAUUCUCUUAAUGGAUUGAAACGGACUUACAUUGUGAAGACAGCAACUGCUUGACUGUGUAUGGUGCUCACUAAACUCAUUUAGAGUGAGUCAUACCAGCCAACAUGAUGGUUAAAAUACAUCUUCAUAAAUUUUGUAAAAUUACCUUGUUCCUCUCACACAUGAUCCUUUCAGAUAAAAAAUCAGUUUCAAGCAUGGGAUGAGUGGGAGGAAAAGUGAGAUUACACCUACCAUGUGUGACACCCUGUUUUUGUGACCUUUCUGGGUGAACAACAACCCUGCCACCUGGGGAGGACCUUUGACUUCAAGCCCAUACAGGAUGAUUGUGAGAAUAAUGAAUGCUCUCUUUCACACCAUACCCAACACCACGGCCUGGGAAAACAAUGAUAUUUGAGUCAAAGCGACAGCUGUUGCUGGUGAAUCACCUGCUUCUGUGUUUGUCAUUCUAUCUGCGGGCUGUGACAAAAGAACAACUCGUGAAUGUAGCUGGUCCUCAUAAUCUGCUAUGCUUCUUGCCCUCACUGGGAGAUCCUGAAUAUGAACCUUGGGUGUAGACACAGAUCAGCACAGUAUUGUUUCAGCCUCAAUGAUACAAAUUCACAUAGUUUGGAUGCUCAAGAAGCCUUGGGUUAUAUCAAAUAUGACCUUUAGGUGUGCAGCUGCUUAAUGACACUUUCUUGAGGAUUAAUCAAAGCACUGUAUGAAUAUCUAAAUCAAGCUUAAUAAUAAAUCCAGAAGAAGGAUUCUCUGUA